AUGGCCUGCUGUCAAACCAGCUUCUGUGGGUUUCCCAGCUUCACCACUUGUGGGACCUGCAGCCCUAGCUGCUGCCAGCCUAGCUGCUGCCAGCCCAGCUGCUGCCAGCCCAGCUGCUGCCAGCCCAGCUGCUGCCAGCCCAGCUGCCCACCCACCUGCUGCCAAACUAGCUUCUGUGGCUUUCCCAGCUGUUCCACUGGUGGGACCUGUGGCUCCAGCUGCUGCCAGCCCACCUGCUGCCAAACUAGCUGCGGUGGGCUUGGUAGUGGCAUUGGCUGUGGCCAGGAGGGUGGCUCUGGAGGUAUGACCUGCCGUGUCAGGUGGUGCCGCCCAGACUGCCGCAUUGAGGGUACCUGCCUGCCCCCCUGCUGCGUGGUGAGCUGCACUCCCCCAACCUGCUGCCAGCUGCACCAUGCCCAGGCCUCUUGCUGCCGCCCUUCCUACUGUGGACAGUCCUGCUGUCGCCCAGCCUGCUGUUGCCAGCCCACCUGCUGCCAGCCCAGCUGUUGUGAGCCCACCUGCUGUGAGCCCAUCUGCUAA